AUGCAGCUUGUGGGGCACUUUCUGGAGGAGACAUGUGUAAACCCUACUUUCAUUAUUAACCAUCCAGAGAUUAUGAGUCCAUUGGCAAAGUGGCAUAGGUCAAAACCAGGCUUGACUGAACGUUUUGAAUUAUUUGUUAACAAGCGUGAAGUUUGCAAUGCAUACACGGAGUUGAAUGAUCCUGUGGUACAAUGCCAACGGUUUGCUGACCAACUCAAGGACCGACAAUCAGGUGAUGAUGAAGCAAUGGCUUUGGAUGAAACAUUUUGCACGGCUCUCGAGUAUGGUUUUCCCCCAACUGGUGGUUGGGGACUGGGUAUUGACCGACUAACAAUGAUGAUGACAGAUUCGCAGAACAUCAAGGAAGUUCUACUCUUUCCGGCCAUGAAACCUCAGGAUGAACCUUCUGCUAAAGAACACAUCCAAACAGCUUCUGGCUUGGGUCCAGUAUAGGUUUUCAAUCUGCCAAUAUGCAUGCAAAUCUGCCUACAGAAGGUUUAC